AUGAGGGUAGUAUAUCUUUUUUUGUUAAACUUCUUGAAAGCAAGCAGUACAUGCAUACCCCCAAUUGGACCGCCCACUAUUGCCAGCUCGGCGUACCAAGAGAGUUCAUCUCUACUACCAACCAAUCUCGAGAUAAACAAUACAAACGCAUGCACCGGAAAUACGCCAGAUAAUCGACAACAAUGGUGCGAUAACGACAUCUACACUGACUACACAACCACAGUCCCCGAUACAGGCGUAGUCCGAGAAUUCUGGUUUGACGUAACACAAGCCAACCUUGCACCAGACGGCCGCUCACGAUGGACCCUCACUAUCAACGGCACAAUUCCGGGGCCAACCAUCAUAGUUGACUGGGGAGAUACGGUCAUCGUCCACUUGCGAAACAAUCUCCCAGUCUCCAUCCACAAUGGCACCAGCCUUCAUUUUCAUGGAAUUCGCCAACUCAACACAAACCCCAUGGACGGGGCAGUUUCCCUUACGCAGUGUCCCAUUGCCCCGGGUCAGAGCAUGACAUACCGCUGGCGAGCUACGCAGUACGGGACGACAUGGUACCAUUCUCAUAUGGGACUCCAGACGUGGGAAGGUGUCUUUGGCGGGAUUAUCAUUAACGGGCCGGCUAGUGCAAACUACGACGAGGAUAAGGGAACAAUCCUAUUGACUGACUGGGACGUGAGGACGGUGGAUGAGCUGUGGGAUACGGUGCAAGUGUCUGGUCCGCCGACGGUGGAUAAUGGGCUUAUCAAUGGGACCAAUGUAUUUGGGGAUGAUGGCAUGGAUCAGGCUGGACGGCGAUUUAAAAUGAAGUUUACGAAAGGGAAAUCCUAUCGAUUAAGGCUGGGAAAUGCGGCUUGUGAUACGCAUUUCAAGUUUAGUAUCGAUCAUCAUUCUUUGAUCGUGAUUGCGGUGGAUUUGGUUCCGAUUCAACCAUAUACAACGACUGUUUUGGAUAUUGCAAUUGGUCAACGUUACGAUGUUAUUGUCCACUCCAAUCAGUCUGCUCUAAGCAAUGCCUUUUGGCUCCGAGCCAUCCCCCAGCUCUCCUGUUCGAAGAGUCUCAACGCCGACAAUGUUCGCGGAAUUAUAUACUAUGACGAGGAAAAUAUCAAUUCUACUAUAAUCCCCAACUCUACAGCGCACAAUUUUACCGACAGCUGCCGUGACGAAGAUCCCUCAAAUCUUAUCCCAAUGGUUUCCCAACCCUUCGGCCUCACCCCGUCAGAGUUUUUCUACAGCGAGACUCUCCCUGUCACAGUAUCCAAGACCAACUCAUUCUACUGCUGGCAACUCAAUGGCAACUCUUUCUCCAUGAACUGGACACAGCCAACCCUGCGGUCCUUGCACACCUUGGCCCCAAGUCACAGACCAAACCUACUCCCAAGCUUCAAUUCCUGCUUGUCCGCUAUCCCCCUACCAGCGAAUAGCAUUCCCGUCCCCCAACCAGAAACAUGGGUCCUGAUAAUAAUCGAAAGCACCCUCCCGAUCCCACACCCAAUCCACCUACACGGCCACGAUUUCAUCCUCUUAGCCCAAGGAACUGGCCUUUACACUGUCCCAACAUCUGCAUCUCUACCCUACGCUACUGCCAGCACUAUACCAAAACGCGAUACAGCCCUACUCCCAGCGGGUGGACACCUAGUCCUAGCGUUCCACACUGAUAACCCGGGUGUGUGGCUAUUACAUUGCCAUGUUGGAUGGCACCUGGAGCAGGGGUUUGCGGUGCAAAUUAUUGAGCAGGGAGAGGAAAUUUGUCGGCUGUUAAAUGGCGGUCCUAGUGGUGAGGGUGGGGCGUGGAAGGAGUGGGCGGAGGACCUGGAGGGGAACUGUCUUGUUUGGGAGGGAUUGAAGGGAGGGUUACAGGGAGUGGAGGAUGGGUCUGCGGUUUGA